AUGGAGAUUAUAAAACUCCCUCGGAAACAACGUGCCCAGGAAAGGCCCAGAAUCUGGCCGCCUGAGCUCCUCCAUCACAUCGAGCACUGCCUCGGCCUACCGGUGGGACAGGCCCUCAGCAUAAUCGAUUGGAAAGACUUUUUUAGUUCUGUGAAAUGGGAAGCUAAUAGAUACCGUGACAAUAAUUGCACGCCAGGCCAACUGCUUGAAAUGUCCAUUUACGAGAAGGCGGCACAUCAAUACCGCAUUGGCUUCUGUGACCUUGAAGAGCCGACAUGUAUCUUCGAGCCCAAUCAUCCUGGUGGUGUGGUCGAUCAGAUAAAGAAUGGUGACGUCCAAGGGCUCAAAAGGAGACUUGACGAGGGUCUGGACGCUGACGGAUACAAUAUGGCGGGGAUUCCGUUACUUUCCCUGGCCGUGGUACAUAUGCAGCCUGGGUGUGUUGAAUUACUGCUAACGUACUGUGCAUCCCCCAAAACAAGAGGCUACUGGCUCGUUGCGGAGCCUCUUGACUAUGUCAUGCCCGCUCCUCUCAGUGACAGCUUUGGUCACCAGGACGCCAUCAUCCGAAUGCUAAUCAACGCUGGCAGCAGCUUUAGCUAUUUCAACGUUCUGGACAGUAUAUUUCUCUCCGAUUCCUUGGACCUCCUGCGAAAGGUCGUGCAGCAGCCCCCUGGUCUCUUCGCCAAAUGGCCAAACAGUGGUUACAAGAAGAUUUUGCUUCGCGUGGCACGGUAUGGAAAAGGUUGCGUUGAAAUUGCCGAUUUGAUUGUUUCCAUGGUGCCUGAAGUGCUUGAAGUGAAAACCAGACUGGGUGAUACAGCUUUACAUGUUGCACUUCUCAAUAGUGAGGCCGAGAGUAUGGUCAAGAAUCUUCUGCGCUUUCGCAUUGACCUUUUGGCGCUGAAUGCCACAAAUGAAUCAGCCCUCGCUAUUGCUGUCCGAAAAGGUCUCGUCGGAGCGGUCGAAGCUAUGCUGAGCCGCCAAUAUAUUGAUCUGCUGCAGCUUCACCAGGUACUACCUUUCAGUAAAACCCCAUUAGGGCAAGCUAUAGAGACGCGCAAUGAGUAUCUCAUGCAUUUGCUGCUUACUGAUCGAUGUAUGUGUCUCACAGAAAGAGCCCAGAACGCAGCUCUUGAUCUGGCUAGGGUAUGGGGGUAUGAAGGUUCUUGGGUGGCGCUAAUCCAGAAUUUGCCAAUCUGGGCUCAGUAA